AUGUUUUAUAUUUUACAUUUUAUUGUAUUACUUUCAUAUUUUUCGCGUAAUAUUUGUAUAUUCGCUGAGCAAUUUCCACGAUCUGAAAAAAAUGGGCAAGAAUUACUUCUCUGUCGUAAAUGCGGCGCUGACGUGGCAGACUCCUAUUACUUGUUCAGUAAACCAAGUCCAGGGGCUAGGAAAACUGAAAAACAACACUUAUUUGGACAGCAGAAUGUAACUGUCCAAACUUUAAUCAAUCCGUUUGGCAUCAAGUUUGAAGUAGUUACUGCAGAAAAAGCGAGAUGUGAUAAUAUAGGACCUAAUCAGGGAGCAGACUCGUGGUUUCCUGGGUACAGCUGGAGGAUAUGUGCAUGCCCACAUUGUGGUCAGCAUCUUGGUUGGACAUUUGAAAAGACAGACAGUAUUAUAGAAAAACCUUCUAGUGAGAAUAUAAAAACUUUUCAUGGACUGAUCUUGAGGAACAUUCUAGGUGAAAACUUUACCGACUCUCUUAUAAUGAUGCCUAAAAUGUAUAAAAUGUAA